GAUUCGCGUGAGGUAUUUUAUUUUUCAAAAGUCUUAGUUCAGUCGACCUAAGUAUCUCACAGAUAAAUGUCGGUGUGUCUAACUUGGUGGGCAAAGUUAUUCUUUCCAGCUUGUUGGUUAACCUGGAGUUGUGUUCCGGACGUAAAGAGCGGGCGUACGCAACUGUCAAAUCAAGUUUCAAACACUUAUUCCUUAUUCUGAAUUUUUCUGGACAUACUUUUUCAGUUAUUCAAUUUAUAACCAGUUCCAUGACAUUUGAAGUAGCUGCAUUUAAUUUUAGUGAGUGUGCGUCUUCAUCUCAAAUUUAUGUUAAAUUGAUAUGUUGAUCAUCUUUUUGAGAGAUUACCAAUCGACGGUGGUAGAGACAGGUUAGGAAUGGGAUUGUUAUUGUUAUUGUUAAAUGUCACAAGUAGGAAGUGUCAUUAACAUUGUGUAGCGACAUUUACACUCUGCCAACCACACCAUUCAAGUGAUUGAAAUUUAUGAAGAUCGUGGACCCCUUCUUGUUGCUGUGUACCAUCACUUAAAUUAAGACGUCACAAUGCUACAUGAACUAUUAUUUAGCCUUUAUGGCUUUCCUGGUGGACUGCUUGAUAAAGGAAAUGAUAUGGUUGAAGUCGCCUCCUUUUUACAUCCUGGAGAAAGAGCUCUUAUUAAGAAAAUUUUGUCAAUAGCCUCAGAGUACAAACAACUUAAAGAAUAUGUAGAUUUAUAUAAAAAUGACAAAAGAGUGCUAAAACCUCUCAAUAUUCAAGAUGAUGAUUCAAAAGUGCUUAGACCGGGUUUAUACCUUCAAGCUUUUUUUAUUGGCAUUGAUGAAGCCCUUGCACCCUAUCGCAGUGAAAUUGUUGACCUGGAGUCAAGACUCUUAGCAGAUCCACAGUGUUCAUUACAAUUUGUCUUAACCAGAGUCUCUCCAUACUCUGUUGUCUUCUCAACUCUAAAUGCUCUCAUCAGAGAGGUAGCAGCCCAAAAACUUCACGGCUGCCAGCUUCUUCAGUUAUUAUAUCAAAACUUAUUAGCUGCAGUGGAAGAAGUCCAAGUAACACUAGAAAAACUACUUCAUCAGUGCCACAGUGUCUUUUUUAAACAGCUGUCAAGCUGGGUAUUACAUGGUGUGUUGAAGGAUUCAUUUCAUGAGUUUUUUAUUCAGCCAGUUGAGAAAACAAACACCCAGUCUUCAUAUUGUUCUUAUUUGGAGUAUAAAAUUUGUCCUGAGCUAUUGCCAAGCUACAUCCCUUAUUCACUUGGCAAUAAAGUACUUUUUAUUGGCCAAUCUAUUGUGAUGUUAAGUAAUGACCCUCGAGAUCAAAAUACUGAUACUACAUGUAGUGCUUCAAUUCUUGGUAGAAAUAAUGUCAACAAUGCUUUAUGGAAUGAGUGUGGGCAUCGAUACAACGAGCGCCUUGGAAAAUUGAACCAGUCAUUUCUGCUUGACAUUGGUUUAUUUGAUGAAACCAUUGAAAUUAUCAGGAGUUUUAUUACUGAGAAACUUUGGGAACUAGCUGUAGAACAGGCCCAGCUCCCAAUGCAGUUGCGGCUUAUCAAGGAUAUGUUUCUCCUGGGAAGGGGUGAAUUGUUUUUAGAGUUUAUCAAAGAAGCUGGGGGUAUCCUUGAUAGAACUCCCUCCUCAACAUUUAAGAGAGAUAUUAAUCAAGCAUUUCACAGUGCUGCACAUAAAAUUCUCCUCAGCAGUGAAGAAGCAAAAAUUGAAAAAUUUUACUUUAGUGCCAUUGAUAAAAACCCUUCUGGAUCAGCUGAUGUUGACAAUGGUUGGACGGCACUUGUGCUGAAGUAUCAUGUCAGUUGGCCAUUACACCUAGUAUUUACACCUGACGUUCUUGAUAGCUACAACCAACUGUUUGGUUUUCUUCUGCGUGUAAAAAAAACUCAACGACAGUUGCAUCAUUUAUGGACAUUCCAAAUGAUUAAAAAAUCUCAGAGGUGGCAAGAUUCUAGAAUAUGGAAAGUUAGAACCUGGCUUAUGUUCAUUGUUGAUCAUCUUCAGUAUUAUCUGCAAGUGGAUGUUCUUGAAAGUCAGUGGAACAUUCUUGAGAAUGCUUUAGAAGCUACAAGAGAUUUUGAAGCUCUUCGCCAUGCCCACAUGAAUUUUUUAGCUAGUACUCUGAGCCAAACUUUCUUGCUGCUUGGAUCUUCCCAGAAUGAACCAACCACAACUUCCUAUCAAAAGCCAGACUCAUUAAAAAAUAAUCCCGUACACAACAGUUUGUCAAUCCUGCUGAAGUUGUGUGAGAGAUUUUGUAGUUGUGUGGCCUCCUGGGGUGAGAUGGAUAUGACUAUUGAUCAGGAGGAUGAACUUACAUUGUUGUGUCGAGAGUUAGAUCAUUUAGUAAGUUUCCUUUUGCAACUUCUAUCCAGUUUACGAGACCAGCCUUGUGGAACUCAUUUGGCUCAGUUGUUGUUGAGACUUGAUUUCAAUAGGUGGUUUAGCAGACAAUGUGCAGGUUCAAGUUUAACUGGGUCACUUACUGGAUCUAUAACUUGAUAUUCUUUGAACCUUAUGUUUUGGAUAUGCAAUGAAAUUAAGAGUAAAAGAAUAUUGUUAUUUAA